ACUGCAGCCGGAGCCGAGCCGGGACUGUCGCGCGGGCCGCGCCGGCGACGCCGCGCCCCCGGGCCGGGCUGUAGCGGGGCCGGGGCGGAGUGCGCACCGGGCAGGCUGGACAUGGAGGUGGUGGACGAGACGGAGGCGCUACAGCGCUUCUUCGAAGGCCACGACAUCAAUGGCGCCCUGGAGCCCUCCAACAUAGACACCAGCAUCCUGGAGGAGUACAUCAGCAAGGAGGAUGCCUCCGACCUCUGCUUCCCUGACAUCUCUGCUCCAGCCAGCGCGGCCUCCUACCCCCACGGGCAGCCAGCGAUUCCCGGCUCCAGCGGGGUCCACCACCUGAGCCCCCCUGGGGGGGGACCCUCCCCAGGGCGCCAUGGCCCCCUCCCACCCCCAAGCUACAGUGCCCCGCUCAACUGCAACAACAACAACGGCAUGGGUGCCGCUACCAAGCCCUUCCUGGGGGGCUCUGGGCCCCCCAUCAAGGCAGAGCCCAAGGCUCCCUAUGCCCCAGGCACGCUGCCAGACUCUCCCCCAGACUCGGGCUCCGAGGCCUACUCCCCCCAGCAGGUGAAUGACCCCCAUCUCCUGCGCACCAUAACCCCUGAGACCCUCUGCCACGUGGGGGUGACCUCCCGCCUGGAGCACCCGCCCCCACCUCCAGCCCACCUGCCAGGCCCCCCGCCGCCGCCACCACCACCGCCACCUCAUUACCCUGUCCUGCAGCGGGACCUGUACAUGAAGGCCGAACCCCCAAUGCCCCCCUACGCUGCCAUGGGGCAGGGGCUGGUGCCCAGCGAUCUCCACCACACCCAGCAGUCCCAGAUGCUGCACCAGCUGCUGCAGCAACACGGAGCCGAGCUCCCCACACACCCCUCCAAGAAGAGGAAGCACUCUGAAUCACCCCCCAACACCCUCAACGCCCAGAUGCUGAAUGGAAUGAUCAAACAGGAACCCGGAACCACGACGGCCCUGCCCGCGCACCCAGCUCGAGCCCCAUCCCCACCCUGGCCUCCCCAGGGUCCACUCUCACCAGGCCCUGGCUCCUUGCCCCUCAGCAUUGCCCGGGUCCAGACGCCACCUUGGCACCCACCAGGUGCACCCUCCCCAGGUCUCCUGCAGGACAAUGACAGCCUCAGUGGCUCCUACCUGGACCCCAACUAUCAGUCCAUCAAGUGGCAACCACAUCAGCAGAACAAGUGGGCGACACUGUACGAUGCCAACUACAAGGAGCUGCCCAUGCUUACCUAUCGCGUGGACGCCGACAAGGGCUUCAACUUUUCGGUGGGUGACGACGCCUUCGUGUGCCAGAAGAAGAACCACUUCCAGGUGACGGUGUACAUCGGCAUGCUGGGUGAGCCCAAGUACGUCAAGACGCCCGAAGGCCUCAAGCCCCUGGACUGCUUCUACCUGAAGCUGCAUGGAGUGAAGCUGGAGGCCCUGAACCAGUCCAUCAACAUCGAGCAGUCGCAGUCAGACCGAAGCAAGCGGCCCUUCAACCCCGUCACGGUCAAUUUGCCCCCUGAGCAGGUCACGAAGGUGACUGUGGGGAGGCUGCACUUCAGCGAGACCACCGCCAACAACAUGCGCAAAAAGGGCAAGCCCAAUCCUGACCAGAGGUACUUCAUGCUGGUGGUGGCCCUCCAGGCCCACGCACAGAACCAGAACUACACGCUGGCCGCCCAGAUCUCAGAACGCAUCAUCGUUAGGGCCUCCAAUCCAGGCCAGUUUGAGAGUGACAGCGACGUCCUGUGGCAGCGCGCGCAGGUGCCCGACACCGUCUUCCACCAUGGCCGUGUGGGCAUCAACACCGACCGGCCCGACGAGGCGCUGGUGGUGCACGGCAAUGUCAAGGUCAUGGGCUCGCUGAUGCACCCCUCAGACCUGCGGGCCAAGGAGCACGUGCAGGAGGUGGACACCACGGAGCAGCUGAAGAGGAUUUCGCGCAUGCGGCUGGUGCACUACAGAUACAAACCAGAGUUUGCUGCCACUGCCGGCAUUGAGGCUGCGGCACCAGAAACGGGUGUAAUCGCCCAGGAGGUGAAGGAGAUCCUGCCUGAGGCUGUGAAGGACACUGGAGACGUGGUCUUUGCCAAUGGGAAAACCAUAGAGAACUUCCUGGUGGUGAACAAGGAGCGCAUCUUCAUGGAGAACGUGGGCGCCGUGAAGGAGCUGUGCAAGCUGACAGACAACCUGGAGACGCGCAUUGACGAGCUGGAGCGCUGGAGCCACAAGCUGGCCAAGCUGCGGCGCCUCGACAGCCUCAAGUCCACCGGCAGCUCGGGCGCCUUCAGCCACGCAGGGAGCCAGUUCAGCCGGGCAGGCAGCGUCCCCCACAAGAAGAGGCCCCCCAAGAUGGCCGGCAAGUCAUCAUCUGUGGUCCCAGACCAGACCUGCAUCAGCCAGCGCUUCCUGCAGGGAACCAUCAUUGCCCUGGUGGUGGUCAUGGCCUUCAGCGUGGUGUCCAUGUCCACACUGUAUGUCCUGAGCCUGCGCACUGAGGAGGACCUGGUAGAAACUGAUGGCUCUUUUGCCGUGUCCACUUCCUGUCUUCUGGCCCUGCUCCGGCCCCAGCACCCUGGGGGGAGUGAGGCCAUGUGCCCAUGCAGGUCCAGCCAGAGCUUUGGGACCACUCAGCUCCGACAGUCCCCUGUGACCACUGGGCUGCCAGGCACACAGCCCUCUUUGCUGCUGGUUACUACCGGCCUGACCAACUUGGCCCCAGCUCCAGCCCUCCGCACCCUGGACCUCUGCUCCAGCCACCCCUGCCCAGCUGUCUGCUGCUCCUCACCCAGCCCCAGCCCCACCACUGGCGCUAGUCUUGGCCCCAGCUUUAAUCCUGGCCACGGUCUUAGCCCCAGUACCAGCCCCUCCGCCAACCGCUCAGGCCCCAGCCAGAUGGCCCUGCUGCCAGUCACCAACAUCAGAGCCAAGUCCUGGGGCCUGUCAGCCAAUGGCAUUGGCUACUUCAAGCAUCUAAAGAACUCGGACCCUGUGGCUAGUCCUGCAGUCCCCUUUCCUGGGGGCCACAGCAAAGCCAAGAACAGCCCCAGCCUCGGUCUCCAUGGCCGGGGCCGCCGAGGGGCCCCCCAGCCUGGCCUGAGCCCUGCUCAGCCCACUCAGGCUCGGGGCCAGCCAGACCCAGUGCCGUCCCUGACCUCCAUCCAGGUGCUGGAGAAUUCAAUGCCCAUCACCUCCCAGUACUGCACUUCAGAGGAUGCCUGCAGGCCUGGAAACUUCACCUACCACAUCCCUGUCAGCAGCAGCACCCCACUGCACCUCAGACUGACCUUGCAAAUGAACUCCUCGUCCCCCGUGUCCGUGGUGCUGUGCAGCCUGAUGUCGAAGGAGGAGCCAUGUGAGGAGGGGGGCUUCCCAGAGACACUCCACACCCAUCAGGACACCCAGGGCAUCUCCCACCAGUGGUCAGUAACCAUCCUGUCCUUCCGCGAAUUCACCUACCACUUCCGGGUGGCAUUGCUGGGUCAGGCCAACUGCAGCACGGAGGCCCAGGCCCAGCCGGCCACAGACUACUACUUCCACUUCUACCGCCUGUGUGACUGAGCUGCCCUCUGAGAGGCAGCACCGCCCCAGGGCCCGGGGGUCCCCCGGCGCCUCUCCCACACUGGAUGCAAUGGUGUUACACUGGAGCCUGCCGCCUGCCCGCACUCAGCCGUCCACUGGCACUCCCUCUGAGAGACUGAGUCGGCUCGGCCCUCCCCGUGACUGGUGAAACUGGAAGUCCUCACACUGGAGCUGCUGUUCCUGCUGACGACCCCCGCCUUAUACCACGGAGGGAGCUGGAGAGAGACCUGCUGGGCCCAGGCCAGGCCCAAUUCACAUCAGUGCAGAUAUGGCCAUUGGAGGGCUGGCUUCAGGUGCCCUGGAGGCGGGGGAAGCCUGUGAUUCUGUCCAGAGCCUACCCUCCGUGCCUCCCCUUUUGAGACUGGGAGCCACCCCUCUUUUGGAGAGGACCUGCCCACCUUUGAGAUCAGCGGGGCUUGGCUCGAGCCCUCAGACUUGGCUGGACCCAUGAGUCAGUGGAGGGCACAUGGUCCUCACCCUCCAAACUGCUCCCUGGGGAGGGCCAGGUAGUGGACUUCUUAGGGUUUGACUGUUACUGGACUUGGACUUCUAAGCUUUAAACGUGGCCCAGGAGGUCUCGGUCUCUUCCUGCUGGGAGAGCUUGGCUCAAGAGCUACCCGGGCCGCUGAAGCCAGCCCUGGAUGGGCUGGUGACUAACCAUGUGCCUUGUGUACACUUAGGUGCCUGGCUGAACCAGGGGGGCCAGUGGGCCAGGUAAGCCUUGGACUUUUGAACCUGGAGGAUCCCGAAGGGAAGUUCCUUGUGAGCCCCCAGAUGGUAUUGUGGCCCUAUGGCCACGGUUCCUAGGAGCUUCCAGAGCUCACAGUGGUGUUGGUGACCCAUCUUUUUCUCUGAGCAGAGGAGCAGGAAUCCCUGCAAGGCAGCAGGCCGGUCUUAGCUGGUGGGUGGAUACAAAUUGCUUUUGCUGUUAUUAAUGAAGUAAUUACUAAAAUGCACUUAAACCAGGGCAGGAGUGAAAGGAUGGAGAUGGAAAGCCAGAGUGGGCCAGAACCCUGGGGGGACACUUGCAGAGGCAGGGCCUGGCUCUGAUCUGUCCCCAGGAGCCUCGAGACACCCAUCCCAUUCCCAGCCACCGAGACUGGCCUCUCCACUCUUGUCUGUGGGUGGCCUCAUCUCCCCAGAUCAGGGGCUUCUGUGAUGGGCUUGGACAGCCACACUGGGGUCCCAUGCUCAGCAGCAGGCCCCAAUUCUGCCCACUCCUCCAAGAGCAGAAUGGUGGGCUUUUGUGAUGGCAGAAGUCUUAUCUCAAGUGCCAACAUUAACCUUUCUUAGUGGAUAUCUGGAGCAUUCAGAGGCCACAUCCAGGCUCAUGGAAGGAGAGUGGAAAUCAUUCAGCCAUGUCUGCCAUAGGUUCACAAGGGGAGAAGGGAAUUGCCAUCCUUGCCCUGUGACAUUCGGCCACCUCUUUGGGAACCAGGCCUUGCUCCUCCUACCUCUCAUUCUCAGCUUUGAAUGGGAGGCCUUUCUGUGGGAAAGCUGAACCUUGAAGAAGCCUGGGCCCCCUUCUGCCAUGGAUGUCAAAGCACUUGUCCUCAGGGCGGGGAAACUGCAGGAGCUGGGGGAGAGCAAGGCUGCCUGGCCUCCCAGGCCCCUCCCCAGCGUGGCUCUACGCCCUCAUUCUGACAUAGGAAUCAUAUGGCUCCCAUACCACGCAGCGGGCUGAGCCUUACUUAGGACUACUCUGUUCUCCUUCCUUCCAUUGGGGGAAGCCUCCCUAAAUGCCUUAAAGAUGCCAAGCCCUGCCCCUUCUAAUAGGAUUCUGGGGCUUCCUCAGUGGGGGUGCAUAUUCUUGGACUGCAGCCCCUCUGUGUUUAACUGGAAAGUGACCCUCCACUGUCUCCUGGAGCCAUAUGGACACAGCAUCGCCCCAAUCUGGUUAGCAGCUGGCUGUUACCGUGCCUGGGGAGGGGGUCCUCAGUGCAGAGGUUGGGGCCAAGCUAGGUCUCCAAGCUGCUCAAGGUGGGGUCAACCUUGGACCAAAGUUGCCUUAAAGCCCAGUAAGGAAAAAGGGCUUUGGGGAAGGCCAGCAGGCCACCUGCUGGAGACUGAAAGCUGCCUGGCAGGUGCUGGUGAGUGGGUAUCUUGGCUCCAUCCUGGGGUCCAGCAGCCUAUCCCUCCCUUCCUCUCUCCCCUUCGGCAUUUAUUCCUGUAGCCACUGGGCUAAUCUCCCCUCAAGCUUCAAGCUGUACAUAGGGCCUCUCAAUGCAUAAGUGCCCCUGCCCACAUUAUAUCCCCCAGAAAGCCUGCGUGUGCAUAGAGCGCUCCCUCCCUCCCAUUUAACUCCCUGUUCCUGCCCCUGAGCUUUGACUCAUAUUUAUCAUGCACCAACUCUGACUCUGGAGUGGGCAGAGGCAAGCAGCCCCAGGCCUGCUUGCUUCCUGUCCCCUGAACUGUUCUUUUCUGAAGUAAAUAUACGUAUAUAAAUAAAUGUAUAAAUACUGCUUUGUAUCUAA